AUGGCCGAGAUUGGGCUCAUAGCAUCCGUAAUCCAAGUCGCCGGCGCAGGCCUCAAACUAGCCGACACACUAUACCAAUACGCCGAAUCUGUCUCCACAGCCGAUAGGCGUAUCAAAGACAUCGCCAGAGACGUCAAGCUGACCUCGCGUGUCAUCGACGAGCUGGGCAGCAUCUUCAAGCAGGGCGAAACCGCAUCGCUGCUCUCUAACAAUGCCGUCAGCACAGCCCAGGAAACGGUGCGCGAGUGCUCCAGUCUGUUCGAAGAGAUGGAUGCCGCGCUCAAGAAAACGAAGAAGAGCACGUUGGGGAAAUUCAUGCUGCCUUUCCGAGAGCCGAAGAUGGAGCUUCUACGGGCGAAUAUUGAUCGCUUGAAGAGCACGUUGCAGUUGUUGAUGCAGGUUUUGACGCAUGCAUACCAGGUAGCCUCUCAUAAGGCGCCGAAAGAGGUGGUCGCUGUCCAGCGACAUAAUAUCAAGGUGUUGAUUAAGGCUAAAAAGGAGUCUACAAAACGAUAUCAGGAGUCCUUGAGAAGUUAUAGCAUGAGUGAUGAGAGCACAGUCUUGAAUGACGACGAAAUCACUAUCAACACCAAGUCGCUCGGCACCUCGACAGAGGAAAGCAUUGGAGUUCUCACAGCCGCUUCCUCAAUUGGCUCAACCAUCACCAAGACAAGCCUGGCGUCAUGUGUUGCACAUAUCCAGAAACUACUCAACGAUAUUGAACUCGUUCAGCAUGCGCUGAAUUCUAAGAGCGAGGGCGAAGACCCUUCUGAACACGAACAGGCUCUUGUUGGCUCCUACUUCAGUACGCGUGAACAUCUCGACACUAUCAUCCUCGGCGGCUCG